AUGAGCGGUGAGAAAAAUCCAUCUUUUGUGCCGGAUGAACCUUAUAAUUAUAGUCUUGCGACCAGCAUUGACAGCAAACUCAAUGACAAUGUCUUUGGUGUGGAACUCCAGGACGUCAAAAAUAAUUUAAAGGAUGAAUAUUAUGAUCCUUAUGAACAUAGGAAAGUGGAACAUCCCACGACAAAUGCAGAAACUCUGCUUCAUCUUCUGAAAGGAUCUUUAGGAACUGGCAUAUUAGCCAUGCCAAACGCUUUUCAUCAUGCAGGAUACGCAGUUGGUAUAGUUGGAACCAUGUUAAUUGGAGCUUUAUGUACAUAUUGCAUACAUAUAUUGAUAAAAUCGCAGUAUGAAUUGUGCAAACAGAAGAAGGUGCCAAGUAUGACGUAUCCUGCUACUGCUGAAUGCGCUUUUAAUGAGGGCCCACUAAUUUUCAAAUCUUUUGCGUCCGCAUCAGUUCAUGUGAUUAACACUUUCCUCCUUAUCUAUCAAUUGGGCACAUGCUGCGUUUACGUGGUCUUUGUUGCAUCCAACAUCAAAGCAGUCGUCGAUUAUAAUUUAGGCACUCAGACGGACGUUAGAUUAUACAUGCUGGCAAUUUUGUUACCAUUGAUAUUGAUCAACUGGGUGCGCAACUUAAAAUUUUUGGCACCCUUUUCAACAUUAGCCAACAUCAUCACUAUCGUAAGUUUUGGAAUUAUUUUGUAUUAUGUGUUCCAUGAUCCUUUGUCUUUAGAUAAAAGGGAAUCAAUAGGUGAACUUCAACAUUUCCCACUAUUUUUUGGAACGGUGCUUUUUGCUUUGGAAGCUAUUGGUGUGAUAAUGCCUUUGGAGAACGAGAUGAAGACUCCUAAAUCAUUCGGUGGCAAAGUAGGUGUCCUUAACAUCUCGAUGGUAUCAAUCGUAGUUUUAUAUGUUGGAAUGGGUUUUUUCGGUUACAUUAAGUAUGGUGAAGAUGCACAAGGCUCAAUUACGCUUAACCUACCUGAUCAGGUUAUAGCACAAGUGGCAAAAGUGAUGUUGGCCUUGGCGAUUAUCAUUACACACGGUUUAGAAUGUUACGUAGCCAUCGAUAUAACAUGGAUUGAUUAUAUUGGUAAAAAAUUGGAAGAGAAUCCGCACAAGUUGUUCUACGAGUACCUGAUUCGAACGUCCCUUGUUCUCAUAACUUGUGGAUGA